AUGGGAGCCGCAGCAUCCGGAGUUCAGGCUCAAAUGCGUACAGAGCACGAACAAAAUGCCGCAUUUCCUUGGUGGGUACGGUUACUCGCAAAAGGCUUAGCAGUUAUUGGAGGCUUUAUUGCUAUAUUUUUUGCCGUGAUUGGUCUCGUAUCUUUGAACUACUUGUGCUUAAUGGCGUCUUUAUUCCAGCUGGUUUUUGGUCUCCUCGCAGUUGCUAUAGAAGCACCCUUCUGCUGCAUGUGCGUGGACUUCAUUGAAAAAAUAGCGAUGUUUUCUGAAUCUCGUAAACACUGGCAGAAAGCGGUUCUUUUCUGCGUGAUGGGGUCUAUACCCUUUAUUCUUUGCGCCCAGUUAAGCACCUUCCUUGGAUCCGGCCUAAUAUUUGCUUCCGGGGUGGUUUAUGGAUUCAUGGCUCUAGGGAAAAAAGCCGAUCUUUCCGGCGGCGCUACCGAUCCAGCUUGGAAUGCAAAUGUUAAUCAACCUCCGCCUUCAAUGAAUAACCCACCUGUAGCGUAG